GCCGCCGCUACAACGCUCCACAACCAGUCCCCUCCCCCUCCGUCGGCCCUCUCCCAGUCUUUCUCGACGCCCGCGCGCGUCAAUUCCACAACUACCGCCAGAAUGGUGCACUCUAAAGUCGUUAUCAUCGGCUCCGGCCCUGGCGCACACACUGCCGCCGUCUACCUUUCCCGUGCUGAGCUCAAGCCCGUCUUGUACGAGGGUAUGCUCGCCAACGGUACCGCCGCCGGUGGCCAAUUGACCACCACCACUGAUGUCGAGAACUUCCCCGGUUUCCCCGAUGGUGUGGGUGGUGCCGAGCUGAUGGACAAGAUGCGCGCCCAGUCUGCGCGCUUCGGCACUGAGAUCAUCACUGAGACUAUCUCUCGUCUGGAUCUCUCCGAGAAGCCCUUUAAGAUGUGGACCGAGUGGUCUGAUGGCCCCAACGACGCCCCUGCCCGUACUGCCGACGCCGUUAUCAUUGCCACUGGUGCUAACGCCCGUCGUCUGAACCUGCCCGGUGAGGAGAAGUACUGGCAGAACGGUAUCAGUGCCUGCGCUGUGUGCGAUGGUGCUGUUCCUAUCUUCCGUAACAAGCCCCUCUACGUUAUCGGUGGUGGUGACUCCGCCGCCGAGGAGGCUAUGUUCUUGGCCAAGUACGGUUCUCACGUUACCGUCCUUGUCCGUCGUGACAAACUGCGUGCCAGUAACAUCAUGGCUGAGCGUCUGCUGGCUCACCCCAAGUGUACCGUUCGCUUCAACACCGUUGCCACUGAGGUCAUUGGUGAGUCUAAGCCUAACGGCCUGAUGUCCCACCUCCGUGUCAAGGACACUGUUACCGGCGCCGAGGAGAUCGUUGACGCCAACGGUCUGUUCUAUGCUGUUGGUCACGACCCCGCCAGCGGCCUCGUCAAGGGCCAGAUCGACUUGGAUGAGGAACAGUACAUUAUCACCAAGCCCGGUACCAGCUACACCAGCCUCGAGGGUGUCUUCGCCUGUGGUGAUGUUCAGGACAAGCGCUACCGCCAGGCCAUUACCAGUGCCGGCUCUGGCUGUGUUGCCGCUCUCGAUACCGAGAAGUACCUCUCCGAACUCGGCGAUGUUCCCCAGCCCAAGGAGAAGAUCUAA